UUCUCCAGAGGCAGCAGCCAGCCUCAGACACCAUGGCUCCCAAGAAAGCCAAGAAACGGCUAGAGGGCGGGAGCUCCAACGUGUUCUCCAUGUUUGAGCAGACCCAGAUCCAGGAGUUCAAAGAGGCCUUCACGAUCAUGGACCAGAACAGAGACGGCUUCAUUGACAAGAAUGACCUAAGGGACACAUUUGCUGCUCUAGGACGCGUGAACGUGAAAAGUGAAGAGAUCGAUGAAAUGAUCAAAGAGGCUCCGGGUCCAAUUAACUUCACUGUGUUCCUCACGAUGUUUGGGGAGAAACUUAAAGGGGCUGACCCCGAGGAGACCAUUCUCAACGCGUUCAAGGUGUUUGAUCCUGAAGGCAAAGGAUCACUGAAGGCUGACUAUGUCCGGGAGAUGCUGACCACACAAGCAGAGAGGUUCUCCAAAGAGGAGAUCGACCAGAUGUUCGCAGCCUUCCCCCCUGACGUCACCGGCAAUCUUGACUAUAAGAAUUUGGUCCACAUCAUCACCCAUGGAGAAGAGAAAGACUGAGCCCUGAACCACAGCCUCAGGCGGCCUACGGUGCUCUCUCUCCAUCUCCAGCCCCUGCUGCCCCAGCUUGCAGGUGUGGACCAUCCCAGGGCUGUGUGCAAAUAAACAGGAAGUCUUUGAUCUA